GAAUCAGACGAGGCCCAACAAGGCCCAAUACUAACACGGUUUAAGUAACCGCAACAAUAUGAAUAUUGAAUCAGAUCUAACUGUACUUGAUUUUGGGUUCGAGUUGAGUUUGGAAUGAGUUCAAUUUGAAUAAACUUAUUUGGGUCAGAUCAAAAUGGAUGGGAUCCAAAUGAUUGUACACACAAAUAGACAAUAUUAACCAUCUCAUUAGCUGAUUUCAACACAAAGCGCUCUCUCUCUCUUGGUAUCCCUCGAUGUGGCAUUGGACAUUAUCAAUAAGACUUGCGAUUACGCAUAAAAUUCUUGAUUAGAUUGACAAACUCAUCAAAUUACGUGGAAUGAUGUUUAUCAAUAGCUAUUCGCGUUUACAAGCUCAGCCCUCUUUUCCGCAAAUUUGAAUUUUCAUUCUCGAUCUUAUUUAAAAAGCAACAACUUACUUGACGUACCUUAAUCUGUGCUUCAACCGAUGAUGAUUGAAAGUAUCUUUCUUGUCGGGAAAAAUGUGCAUAAGCUAUUUGAUCUGAACGUACGUUCAAAGAAAAAAAAGCUAUGUUUAAUCUGAUUUGCAAUCUAAAAGUGAUCUCUUUGCAGGCAGAGAGCCACAUGCAGACUUGUGGAGUCAAUGCAUACAACUUGGAGAUCGGGUGAGUAAAAAAAACAAGGUAACAAUUUAGUAUUCACAACAAGGUUCAAGAAGGUGUUGGGCACUAGACAGACGUUGGGUUACUACUUAGCGUCUAGCAUACAUAAAUGGUGUUUAGAUGAUGUCUAGAAAUAAAAAAUUUAUAGCACGCUUUUGACUUCGUUCAAUUUCCAAUGUUAAUAACUUUGCUAACUCUCAACAAUAUUCCAAAUAAGUCAUAUGAUCUAGAAUUGCAAAUUCCAAAAUUGAGGAAUGAGUGAAGGAUGCAUUGAAUAUAUGACAACUAAAGAUGGGCGUCGUUUUGAGAAGAUUAACUACAAUUUUUUAAUCUUUGAGCUACUAAUGCAAUUAAGGCGACUCACUUCAAUUAAUCACGCCUCACACAGAUUAAUCAUGUCUAUUUUUGUCUAAGCAUUACUUAGGCGUUACCAAUGCUUUAUCAUCUGCCUAGGACCUAACUGAGGCGUUUUGUCACUGCCUAUUGUCUAGGCCCGUUUACCUGUAUGCCGAAUUACGCCUUCUUAAACAUUGAUUUGCAGUAACUAUUUGUACGUAUAGUAUGUCAUGUUGGAAACUACACCAAUGUUAGAUUUUGAUCGAGCCCUUUGUUUGGAUCAAGUUAUGAAAGGAACCCCUCCGAUCGAUCCCCUCCACUUGUUUGGAUCAAGCUAACUGCAGAUCCAAUUCAUGACAACCUUUUUCCAGCUUCAAUUCUGCAGCUGUAACAAAAAUGGACAGAAUGGCAAUGAAGAUAUUGGCAAAUGGCAGUUAGUUCGUCGUCCCAAAGAAGUAUAUACGUACGUAAUUCCCACUCAGAAUUCUGACUGGUUCAAUGAUGAUGUUGACAACUUAUCCUGAUGAUAAAAUGGAUACUCCACUUUCAGGCUUUCAGCCAAUCGAGCAACGAGAACAAUAUGAUCAUUUUACAAAAAAAAAAAAAAUGCUAUCAUAUUGAUCCACCGGUGGAUAUCGCUGGGAUGAUUUGAUGGUUACCGGCAGUAUUCAAAAAAAAAAUAUUUUUUUUUCAUUUAGAUUAAGACGUGCAAUGUUCUUCAUUCAUUAAUCGAGAUUUUGGAAAUUAAAUAAAUAGGUUCUUAGUUCACUAGUAAGCUGUACUAUCCAAACUUGGAAUAAAUAGGUUUCAAGAACAACAACUAGCUAACAAGGUAACCGGACACUUUUAUUACCUUCUCUACUAAUUUUGUUUUGUCCUAGAAAACAAAGAGACAUCCGAUCAAGCCUCCUAAUGAAAACCAGGCUACAAAGUUGAAAUAUGAUAUUUUGAAAAAGGAGACUUGACCACCGGGGUUUACACGCCACUGGUAGGCCUUAUUCUGCGGAUAAAAGAAAGACGUAAUUAAUUCCCCAUUCAUCCGAAGUAUGGAGCGACCCAAUUUGAGGUUCAAGGAAUCAUUCCUAAAGACUAAAGGCACCUAUGUACAAUCAAAAUGAUUAAGAAACCAACUGAUCGAUGAUCCUCACGUAGUAGACGAGCACCAAGAAUUAAAACACACCUCAUUUUGAAGCCGGUGGAUGACGAUCUUCGAGUCACCUUCCAUAAUUACUUUGAACAUUUUAGGGUCGUUUGGAAAUUGUGAUUUCAAAUUGAGUAUUGAGCUAAUUCAUGUAUUUGUGAGAUUAAGUCGGUUUUUGCUUAUAUUGAACUAUAAUGCAUGCAUUUACUUUUUGGAGGCUCCACCACAAUCACUCAAAAUUGAGGGAAUUAUCAAUCUCUACUUUUUGUUGAGAUUCUUCACAAGUGCGUAUGAGAUUCGAACAAACCAACAAUAACAGUUGCAAUAGCUCUCUUUAGUGCAAAAAAAAAAACAACCUUUCGAUAUUUAUCAAAUGGUUAAAAUACAUACAUAUAAAUACCAGCUAAAUGAUGGUGAUUAUUCCAAUCAAAUACUUUUAAGAAGUCGUUUACUUGUAAGAUUAAUUAGAUGAAUAAUUUGCAGCAAUCCAUGAUCAAGUAAGUUAUGCAAACAAUAAAGUACUAAAAUCCAAUCCAUCGUAAAUUAAAUGGUUAAGGAAAAGGGCCAUUUUAAAAAAACAAAACAAAAAAGGGGAGGAUAAGAAAGAAGAAAGGUAAAGUGGUACUAGGUUGUUGGCCAUAAGUACGACAGAUAGGCAAAUUUAGAUUGUUUUAGCUGGAUCCUCAGUUUCCUUUCAUUGGUUGCCGCGCUGUAAUUAUAUUCUUUUUUACUCGCCGUUUCUCCUUUUAUUUUAAAUUUUUGUUUUCAAAAUGAAAAUGUAGCAGCAGCACCGGAAAAGAAAAAUGACAAAUCAGGUUAGGACAUAUUUAUGUCGAAACUAAAUUUGUGGCUGAUUAUUUUGUUUCGUUAGGAUAUUUAAUUAUUUAUCGCUCUUGAUCCACCAUAUUCUCCUUUCACCUUGUAAUAUUCUGUGAUAUUAGUUAUACAUUGACUGUACUAAAAUUAAAAAAACUAAUUUUAGUUACUCCAAUAAAUUUAGGACGUCAUUAAGCUGCGUCGUGGAUUUAAAAAACGGGUCUUCAGUUAUAAUUUUAACUAUCGCCAAUGAAAUGAUAAUCUAUUCCCCCUAAAUAAGCACAAGUGGGCAAAAUUAAUGUGGGUCUGCGGAAUAUGUGGAGUUGGUGUAUUUUAUUAAAGCUAUGGCCUAUGGUUCUACAAAUGAAAUCAUUAACUUCAUUUUCUUUAAGCAAGAUUAGUGCAGAAGACAUGGUCGAACAACUCAAUUAUAAAAUUAACAUGAAUCAUAUGUGGUAGAUUGAAUGCAAUCGGAUUACUGAAGAACAGUGGCGAAGGGAGGUGGAAGGGAGUGAGGUCCUAGUACUCCACUUUGAUAAAUUAAAAUGGUUAUAUUUAUGUAUAUACUUGUUUAAUUUGGGUAAAUUUAGGACCUCAUUCAUAUGUAAUUUAAUUGUCCUAGCAUUAUGAAACACACAAAUAAAUUAGACUAUAUUGGUCAUAUAUCAUUGAAAAUCCCCAAUUUUAUAGUCCUUAUUCUAAAAAUUUCUAAUUCUACUAAAGAUGUGUACAAAUACCUCCAGCUAUAUCUAAAAAGGUCUUAGUUCAACUAUUUUUUCCCUAUCAAUAUGCACUUUCUUUUGUCAUCAAAAGUGUUUUAUAAAACGUUUGUGUAUUAGAUUUUGCUUGGGAACUGUUUAUUUUAGCUAGUUAUUGAAAUGUCAAUUUUCAAUUAUGAGUUACACAAAAUGUAAGGUACAAAUCUAAUAACUAAUGGUUUGAUGAAUGACUACUUGACUGGAUAUGUUUAAGAAAUUUUACUUGAUAAUUAAAUACAAUGUUAUAAAGAUUUUUCGUAAAUGGGACCCCACUAAUCUCGAAUCCUGGCUACGCCACUGCUGAUGAAAGUGCAUGUUUUAUGCAUACGUCGUCAUCAAUCUCAGAUAUGAAACGUUAGCAUUGCUAACAUAUAUAAACCGGUCGGAAAAAGUUUUCUUGAACAUUGUAGCGACCAAAUGCAUUAUAUAAUUUUUUUCUUUUUCAGAAACUACAUCAUGGCGAUCUGUUAUAACUUAUACGAGUCGAAUAUUUUCUUAUUUAAAAAUACAACUUUCUUAGUUCGCUAUUGAUAGGGUAGAGAGAGAGUGCAGGGUAGCUGUGGUGCGCCGGAGUGUGAGGGAGAGAAAACCCUCCAUUAUUAUUUCUUUCUGUCUUUUAUAGGGAGAAGAAAUAGGAACAAUGUUGUGGUUUAUAUAAGAGCCUCUUAAAUCUGAAACUGAAAUCCCAUCCCCCAUCCCUUCUUCUCCUUCCCUCCCCGCUUACCUACUCACCUCACCUCAGUUCCAUCCUUCCUUCCCUACCUCCGUCAGCAGUCACUCUGGUUUUCCGUUGCUUUGUUGUUUCCUUCACGCAGCUAGAUGUCUGUUUGUUUGUUCGUUCUACAGUAUCGUAAUACGUUAAGCGGUUUCUUUUCAUCUGGGUUAGUACAAGCUGCUUCAGUUCCAAUUUUUUCGAUCCCGCUGCUUUUCCUUUUUCUCAAUUUGGUCUGGGUUCUAGCUUGUUUCCUUUCUAGAAUUGGACUACUUUGAAAGAAAAAAAGAGGGCAGGAGAAUUGGGUUGUAGAUUGUUUUGUUCUCCACCAUUGAAAUUUUUCCUUAAUUUCAUGUAUUGUUAAAGUCACGGGGAGUGAAGUGGUGGGGAGAAGUGUAAAGGAAAGAAGGAGUAAAACCGUACAGUCGACAGCUAGCUCGCAUGCUAAAAGCAAAGCAGGGAAGAGAUUUUCAUUUUUUACAGUCAUUGAUCGCAGGUGCAGCAUCAUCAAGAUUCACAUGCAUUUAUUUAAUUACUCUCUCAACACACACAAACAAAAACAAAAAACGUAUAUAUAUAGUAGUAGUAGUAGUAGAAUACAGUAGUGAUAUAUACGUACGGUGGCUGUUGGGCAUCAGAAAAGAAAAGAGGGUGCUAAAUUUGGCCAUUUCUUGGGAGGAUCUGCUAUACCAUAAUAAUAGGGGUUUGGCUGGGUUGGACUUGGAUAUUUCUUUCUUUUUUGUUUAGGGAUAAUUAUGUAUGUAGUGAGAAUCUUGAUGAUGCUGCAGCAGUGAUCAAAUGACUUCCCGCCGGCGGCCUCUCUUCUCUUGUACAUAAAAAUACAGACCAAUCUUCCCGGCCACCAGGUAAUUCUCAAGAUAUACAGAAUUACCUAGGUUUAAUUUAAUGUCUCUCUCUCUCUCUCUCUCUCUCUCUCUCUCUCUCUCUCUCUGUACAUCUUCUUGAUCGAUCAUCAUUAUCAUCUUGCUGCCAUGGCUGGCUGGGUGUAUGCAGAUCGAACGUGAUUAGUGUCAUCAUUAAUUCGACCUGCGAUCAUAUUCAGUAUAGCAAGUGAUCAUGAUCUACCUCUAAUUGAUUCGGGUUCAAUUUGACAAUAGAUAUUAGUUGUUUCACUUGCCCGUAUAGUUAUUAGUGGGCCGGGGAUCGCGUAUUAAAUUCCAUAAUUUUCGGACAUCUCCCAAAAAUAUUUCUCAAAUGAAGAAGUACUAGCUAGUUCGAUAUCAACAUGAUCAUAUAUCUUAAACUUCAGUGGUGGUUCUGGUGUUCAAAUCAUCUAUUAAUCCUGACUUGUGUAAAUCGCGAUCUUAGAUGCUAUGGGGGGGGGGGGGGGGGGGGGGGGGGGGGGGGGGGGGAGAUGUCAUCCGUUAAAGCGUGCAAGAAAGUGAUGGAACAUUUUUUUUUAAUCUCAUUCUCACCGCGCCCGCUCGAUUUAGCUGAGUAGGGAUUUUUGAAGAUAGUAAUUCUAAUGCUAUAUAUAUAAUGUAAGAAUUUGGGUAUUAUUUGCCUUGAACAUAUAUACAUUGUGAAACCCUCCACACAUACAUGUGAGUUGUGACACUCCUACUCUAGCUUCAACUAGAUAAAUUGUUGAAGUUCAGAUGGAUGUGUCAUACAGAUGCAAAGCUAGCUUUGCAUCAGCUGCUUAAUUAAUACACUCUUACAUUGAAUUGGAGCUUGUUUGGUUGGUGGGCUAAAGAACAAUGUUUGUUAGAUAGCUUCAAUAUCAUGAACAUGUGUUGCAGCUGCCUGUCUCUGCUCAUGUAGAACAUAUAAUAGAAGUAUAUAUAACCAUGCAUUUGUAGUAUAGAGUAUAGUGCAAUAAUAUUCUCUGUGAUCUGUCAUCAUUGUUUAAUGAUGUUAUGAUGAUGAUGAUGUUGUGUUGGAUAUCCUACUAGCUAGAAAUUUGAUUAAGCAGGUGGAUUAUAUUACUGGCCGACAACCUAAGACCAGCUAACAUUUGCUGGCUUUCCCAUUUUCUUCUUCUUCUUGUGUUCCUUACACCAAUAGCAACAACAAUAAUAUGAAGAAGGAAUCGGCUGCACAUGUUUGUCUGUAUGCUAGCCCAUCUUCCUUGCUUUUUCCCCCUUUCUGUUUUGGUUGGAAACCCAUGUAGGGUAUUCCAUAUAGGAAUUAAUGGCAAUGGCUAGAUCGAGGCGGGUAUUUAGAUACUCAUAUCUUUUGUGCUAUUAUAUGGAUUUUCCUGAUCCUUCUUAUUAAUGUGCAUGUAUACGGUAGCUUUGGAUUGACGUAUAAUAUAAGGAUGCGUUCGUACUUAUUAAGUAUACUUUUAUAUACUUACGCGAAUUAAUUUUACUAAUUCGAUCUUAUAAUUGGGGUUUACCGAAGAAAUUGAAGGUCACCCAUUAAAGAUUGUGGUAUAAUAUCUUUUUUCCUUCUGUUUUGUGGAGAGUCUCAUGCGGCGGUGGGGUGGUUUGCAUUACGCUUGGUUGGCGAUGUUAAAGGAGUCAUUGAUAAGGUGAACGCGGGAAGUGUGUUGGAUGCGAGGGGGAGGAGCCAUUUACCAGGAGCUCAAUUAUAUGCGCCAAGCUUAUCCUGACUUUUCAGUGCAUUUUGUGGCUAGACAGAAUAAUAGAGUAGUCCAUCGGGUGGCUAAGAAGGCUCUAGUUUUGUCAUUCUUGGAUGUACUUAGUUUCAAUUUAUGCAAUUGGCUCCCUUUGGAGUUGUAACAUUCGACGUAAUAUUUUCUUGGUAAUGCAAAUUAUCUUAGGUUUUAAAAAAAAGAUCUUAUAAUUCAGGUUUAGUGAAGAGAUUGAAAUUCACCCAUAAGAGAUUAUAAUAUUUUUUUGUUGCUGAAUAUUAUGAUAUAAUAUCAUGUCCCAAUAUCUAGUAAUAUAUUCAUGAUCUAAAUAACCAAAUUUAUUAGGUGUACGAUAAGAUUAGCACACGCAAACGAACAAGGACUUGGUCUAGUGGUAAUACCAUUAGCCUAGUUACUAGAAGUCCCAUAUUCGAAUUCCUUAAGUAGUACUUUAAUCACAAAAAUGAAACCUAUAUCACCGUUAUUAUAAAAAAAAAUCAGCACACCAAAGUUUGAGGCAUUGUAAAUAUAUAGCAUAUAUUCAUUUAACAACUUAGACUUGUUCAUAUUUCUCUCCAAUUAUCUAAAGAGCCUAUAUAACUAAUCGAUCGCCUAAUGCCAUCCCUAAUACAUUUAUACCAUUCACCGUUCUAACAUAAUUAAGUUUGCUUUGCCAUAUAAAUCAAUUACUCGAUCGACCAUUCUCUAUCUUUUUUCCCCGUUGUCAUCAACCGUUCACUGUCGAUUUAUCAGCAAGUUUCUGUAUAUUUUCAUAAUGCGUACAUAUGGUUGGUGAAAAAGAAAAAAACAGCUAGCGAUCUAAUUAAAGGGACAAAUUGUGGUCAUAAGGGGAUAAUCUCUCAUUGGUAUAGAUAUAUAAUAAUCAUUUGUUAUUUGUAUAUAGUUAUCAUCAGUUGCUAUCUAGCUAGCUUUUGUAUAUAUUUACCCUCCACUAAUUAUGUAAAUUUGUCGUUUCUUAUUGUACUAUAUACAGUAGCUUAAUGACAAGUGUUUAGGUUAUCCAUUCUCUCCGUGAUAGUGAAGUAAACCAGUGACUAGGGGUGUCAAUUCGGCCAUUCGGGUUUACCCGAAACCGACCCGAUUAUAUACAUUUUCGGUUUCUCGGGUUCGGGUUCGUUACGGAUUUCGGGUUUUCGGAUUCGGGUUCGGUUUUUUUAUCGGUUUUUCGGGUUCCGGCUAAAAACCUCCAAUGAAUAGAACUCAGCCCGUAUUUUUAGGCGUUCGGGUUUUCGGGUUUCAGUUUUGCUUUAACCGAACCCGAACACGGUAAGGAAUUUUUGGGUUUCGGGUAACCGGAACCCGCAAGUCCUUAUCGGGUUUGGUUUUAGUGAUUUUCGGUUUCGGGUUUUCGGGGUUUUUCGGAUUUCGGUUUGGGUAACCGAAUCCGACCCGAACUGACACCCCUACCAGUGACCGAAUCAGGCUAAUCGUACGAGUAGGAAUGGCAAUGGGUACUUGGGUAGGUUCGGGCGAGUAUCUCGAUACCCAUGCACCUUACGUGAUAGGUUAAGUUCAGGUUAGGUAAUUUAUCAUGGGCACGGGUCGGAGCAAGUCGACCCAAUGAGUACGUAAUUUACAUGAAAAAUAUUAGAAAUAUUCAUUAUUUUCAUUAAAAGACUAAGAUCAUCUACAUUAGUAUUACAAUUUCUAUUGCAAGAUGACAUGACAUGGGUGUUUGCAAUUGCAAAAUCAAUUGCAUUGAUGUAGCUACCAAUUGCAUAUUUGCAAGUUUGCAACAAAUGCAAUUGUAUAUGCAAGUGAAAAAAUUCAAAAAAAAUGGAGAUUUUUUAUUUUUUAUUAUUUUCUUUUCACUUCUACUUUAUUUUUAUAACUUAAACAUAAUAUUUAAUUACAUAUACAAUUGCAAGUUAAUUGCAUUGAUAUAUGUGAAUGAAAUUGAUUUAAGAUGGAUUGUAAAAAAAUUGAGUUGGCCAUAAAGAGCAUAAAUGCAAUUGCUUUUGCAAUUGCAUUGAUGUGGAUGUUCUAAGAAAUGAUAAAAUGUAGUUAAAUUAUUGCAGAAAUAAGAGGUACCCAUGCCUGCCCCGCCCCGCCUACGGGACGGGUCAAACCCGCUCCAAAACAGGGCAAACAGAUCGGGUAAAACUUGUCAUCUCUACUUAUGAGUUAAGUUUAACAUGAAAAAAUAUCAUGUAGAUUUUAUCAAUAUUUUACCAAGAAAAAUUAUGUGAUUUCAAAUUUUGAAAAUUUUAUUAAACACGUUCAUCAUUUAAGCUAGUUUGGAGUUACUGUUCUUUGCUUUUUUCAUGAUUUUGAGCUAUGUUUUGAUUUUUUAUGUCUAAUAUUUUCUAUAUAUAAAAAAAUGAAACAUUUAAAGAUGGUUCCAACCAUUAUGCAUUAAUGAAUUUUGUGAAUCUCCUUGGGGUUUUUUAAUUAGAUUAGAGUUGAACGGUAAACCUUAGUCAAAUCUAAUAUUGGUAAAGCAAGAGAGAUCCAUAAUUCGUAAAUAAGAAACUAAUCUCAACUGACAAGAUGCAUUUCGCAGUGAAAUGAAAUAGUUCUCGUAUUAACUCAAAGCUAAAUGUGCUCAUUAUUGAACAAUAUAAGGACGAAUGACCUCUCGAUAAUUCAAUUUGAUAUACACUUAAAAAAAAUUUAAACUCAACAUUGACAAUAUUUUGAUCGGUAAAAGUCGGGAUGUUAAGUCCUUACUCCUAUACUUUGGAAGUAAAGAUAACUUGAAAUAUAUUGGGCCAAUUAACAAGGCUCAUGCGUCAAAGAGACUCACUAAAGCCCAAUAUUGACUAUCCAAGUGGCCCAUUACAUUACUUGAGUUUCUUUCCAUAGCGUUUCCUCUUCCGACUUCUCCCCGCAAAAAGAAAGUAAUGAAAAUUCUCUCCGGCGACCUACCGACCGUGAAGUAGAGGAGUGCCCAAUCGACCUGGAGCAGCAGAGGGAAAACGGAAUAAAGACCGACGGAGGGAGAUUUCUCCGGAACAGAUUCUCCAUGAAGUGGAAUAGAUUCGCGUCAAUCCCAGUAUGCGGCGUUCUUAUGGUAAUGGGUGUCGUCUACUACAUCACGAUCUUCAUCUUCAUCGAAGAUUGGGUUGGUCUGGCCACCUCCGCUGGGACUCUGAAUGCUGUCAUCUUCACUUUCAUGGCCGCUCUCUCCCUUUUCUCUUUUGCUGUCUCUGUUCUGACCGACCCUGGUUACGUCCCUUCUUCUUCUGCGCCUGAUGUCGAAGCAGCUGCUGUUUUGGAUCCGAAAACCCAAAACGAUAGUUCACAACUUAGGCAAUGUGAAAAGUGUGCUAGAUAUAAACCUCCUAGGGCUCAUCACUGCCGGGUCUGCAGAGUUUGUGUUUUGAGAAUGGAUCAUCAUUGUCUGUGGAUAAACAAUUGUGUUGGUUAUUGGAACUAUAAGGCCUUUAUCGUUUUAGUAUUCUACGCAACUGCAGCAAGCAUCUAUUCUACGGUUGUGAUGAUGAUCAGUUCUAUACAUAAAGAUUGGGACUUUGCCGAAGUGCUUCCAUUCAAGAUUUUUUAUAUUCUUUCUGGUGCGAUGAUGGCUGGUUUGAGCAUCACACUUGGUACUCUGCUGGGUUGGCAUAUCUACUUAAUUACUCGUAAUAUGACUACUAUAGAGUAUCAUGAAGGAACAAGAGCAGCUUGGUUGGCUAAGAAAUCUGGCCAGAUUUAUCGGCACCCUUUCAACAUUACUGUCUAUGCAAACAUCUCCUCGGUUUUGGGUCCAAACAUGCUCAAAUGGUUCUGUCCCACGGCAGUUAGCCACCUGAAAGACGGAAUGAGCUUCCCUACCUCACAUCAGAGUUAAUUAAGUUCACUGGAUUUAUCCCAGGCAGAAUCUGAAUGUUUUGCUUCUAUUCUUUACUGGUCAUGGCUGGAGAAGCUUAGAAGAUAAACUGACCGGCGCUGGAAUAAUCUUGCACAUGUACAUAUGGGUGAUCUAGUUUUGCAGCAUACUUUAUAGUGAGGUAUUGAUAAUUUUUUAUGUGCUAAUUUGUUGCUGUACUGUACUCUUUUUUCUAUGUAUCAAAAGCUGUAGAAGUUGUAUAGACGUUAUACUUACUAGAAUGGAAGACACUCAUCUUCUGCUUAAACCGCCAAGGUCUGCUUGACAGUUGACAUUAUCUAGAUCCUUAUUUCUUGCCAUCUUUCUAUCAUUCUUCCGUAAAGGUUAUGAAUAUGACUUGCAUCCCGUUUUCCUGUACCAUUUUGUGGUUCAUGCUUUUGAUUGUAGCAGAUAUGGCCAGCUUCUCUGGUUCCUUUGUCGUGCUUUUACUUGUAUUUUCAACCUGUGAAAUAUGCUUUGUGCCAGAGAUCAUCGAAUGGCUAUGAACCGAAAUUCGGAUUACAUUAUUCUUACCUCUGCAGACAGAAGUCAUGAUUGUUAACGGAUUACUACUCAUUGUUGAAGGAAGCUCUUGCCUGUUGCCUUUUACUGCCUUCUAAUUAGUCUACUGCAACAUGAUACUUGCUAUUGCUGAUGUUGACAGGAACUUCCAUGCCCAUAACCACGUAAGCACUUUUGAUACUUGGGGAUGGAUAUGUUGGAACCAAACAGGACUGCUUCAUGUUUUCUUAUCCACACCCACCCACCCACCACACUUUAGUUGGUAGUGAAAAGUAGAUGUGGCAUCCACCAAGUGGAGAUCAGAAGAUUCAUAUUCACCACACAAGACCCUGGAAACUCACCAAGAUUCCUUGAUUAACCAGAAUGUUAUGAAGAUACAAAGAAAAGAGAGAGAAAAAAAAGAAUACUGAGAAUUUCAACUUACACUCAGCAUCCUAAUGAUUGGUCUCUCUACUAAAAACAAAAAGGUGAUUCCCUCCCCUGGUUAAGCUUUGCUUUUUGGUACCCAACUGCAUCUUGUAGGAGAUUCAGGUGGGAAGGGUUCUGUCUGAUCUGGUUCUGGUCCUCUUCUAGAACUCAGAAAGUGGAGUACUUUUUUCUAUUUCCUGAUGCAGUUGUUGUCAUCAGCUCAUUUGUAGUGUUAGUAAGUUGGAGUUUACUGUUGAGACCUUUCUGGCAGAGGCUGCAAUCAGCUUCCAUUACUGCUAGAAUGUGGUCAUCUUGUAGAGUCUUCAUUGUUUUGUCCCUGGAGGCGUGGAUAAUGGACGAAUGACGUUUUUGUCAUUUGUUUAGUCCACUUUGCUCGACCUUUCCCUUCUUCCAAAUACUAGUCUUAUUCUUAUAGCUUAGCAUUCAUGAUUUCAUGUCGAGUAAAAGAUAAAAACACCAAGGCACUGUCUUUCUACUGAUGGAAGAAUACCCACUUCAAGUAUGGGGCAAGUUGAAAUCGUUAUUGGAUCCAAAAUUCGUUUAUUUAGCUUUGCUCGACCUUCCCGUUGGUGAAUAGCAAAUCGUAAAUAUCAAAUUUUGAUAUUUGACCAUUUAGUAAAUCAUAUUAUUUUUG